AUGGAGGUGAAUGGUGAUAAUGUUCUCCAUAACGAAAACUUUGGAGGACGUCUGAAGGUGAAUGGUGAUAAACUACUCCAUAAAGAAUACUUUGGAGGAGGUAUGGAGGUGAAUGGUGAUAAAGUGCUCCAUAACAAGAACUUUGGAGCAGAUUUGGAGAUGAAUGAUGAUAACGUGCUCCAUAACGAAAACUUUGGAGAAGGUAUGGACGUGAAUGGUGAUGUACUCCAUAGCAAAAACUUUGGAGGAGGUAUGGAGGUCAAUGGUGAUAAUGUGCUCCAUAACGAAAACUUUGGAGGAGGGAUGGAGGUGAAUGCUGAUAACGUGCUCCAUAACGAAAACUUUAGAGGACGUCUGGAGGUGAAUGGUGAUAAAGUACUCCAUAAAGAAUACUUUGGAGGAGGUAUGGAGGUGAAUGGUAAUAAAGUGCUCCAUAACAAGAACUUUGGAGGAGGUUUGGAGGUGAAUGAUGAUAACGUGCUCCAUAAUGAAAACUUUGGAGGAAGUAUGGAGGUGAAUGGUGAUGUACUCCAUAGUAAAAACUUUGGAUAA